GAGAGAAAUUGAAAAAUUCUCAGUCCUCCUAUCCCAGAUGCCUUCUUUCUCUUUUUCUCUGUAAAUUACAUUCUGGAAAGUUCAUUUGGGGCUCCACAGUUCCACCCUUUUUGAUUCUCAUCGGGUCCAACUCUCCCAAGGGCUACUUUAAAGAAUGGCAGAUUCCGAGGACAUUCAGCCUCUUGUCUGUGAUAAUGGUACUGGAAUGGUUAAGGCUGGAUUUGCUGGAGAUGAUGCCCCAAGGGCUGUCUUCCCCAGUAUUGUUGGUCGACCUAGGCACACAGGUGUUAUGGUGGGGAUGGGACAGAAAGACGCAUAUGUUGGGGAUGAGGCUCAGUCCAAAAGAGGUAUUCUCACUUUAAAAUACCCUAUUGAACAUGGGAUUGUUAGCAAUUGGGACGACAUGGAAAAGAUCUGGCAUCAUACUUUCUACAAUGAGCUUCGUGUGGCUCCUGAAGAACAUCCUGUGCUCCUUACUGAGGCACCCCUCAAUCCUAAAGCCAACAGAGAGAAGAUGACACAGAUCAUGUUUGAGACCUUCAAUUCCCCUGCUAUGUAUGUUGCCAUUCAAGCAGUUCUCUCCCUCUAUGCCAGUGGGCGUACAACAGGUAUUGUGCUCGACUCUGGUGAUGGAGUCAGUCACACAGUUCCCAUCUACGAAGGUUAUGCACUUCCACAUGCCAUUCUGCGGCUUGACCUUGCUGGACGAGAUUUAACAGACUCCUUAAUGAAGAUCCUGACUGAGAGAGGGUAUUCUUUUACUACAACUGCUGAACGGGAAAUUGUACGUGACAUUAAAGAGAAGCUUGCAUAUGUGGCACUUGAUUAUGAACAAGAACUUGAGACUGCUGCAAGCAGCUCCACAAUUGAGAAGAACUAUGAACUACCUGAUGGUCAGGUAAUUACCAUUGGAGCAGAGCGUUUCCGUUGCCCUGAAGUCCUAUUUCAACCAUCACUAGUUGGAAUGGAGGCAGCUGGAAUUCACGAGACCACCUAUAACUCGAUUAUGAAGUGUGAUGUUGACAUCAGGAAAGACUUGUAUGGUAAUAUUGUGCUCAGUGGUGGGUCUACUAUGUUCCCAGGAAUCGCUGAUAGGAUGAGCAAGGAGAUAACAGCCCUUGCACCAAGCAGUAUGAAGAUCAAGGUGGUGGCACCUCCUGAGAGAAAGUACAGUGUUUGGAUCGGAGGAUCCAUAUUGGCUUCACUAAGUACAUUCCAGCAGAUGUGGAUAUCUAAGGCAGAGUACGAUGAAUCCGGCCCAUCCAUCGUCCACAGAAAAUGCUUCUAGACAUGUGAUCAUAUUGUCGUUUCUCCCUUGGAUUGUGUGGUUCAAUUGGCAUUGUCAGAUUAUGGUGUGCUUCCUGGUCUCCUUUUUGUAACCUUGUUUUCUUUCUUGUUGCUACAUUCACUCUCAUACUGCACUAGUUCUUAUAUCAGAUCAGUAGUCUAUGCAGUUGUUUAAUUUGUACACAUUGCUUCUGUUGUAUGUGCUUUACUGCUUUUCUCGGUUCCUGAAAUACAAUAAUAUGAUAGUGUCAUUGAUCA